AUUCGCACCAUACACACACACAACAAGACUACAAAGCUAUUAAGAAUCCUUAAGAAUGCCCGACUACGCAACAGGUGAUACGGUUCGCUAUAAGCCUAUUGGUGGACCUGAUUCCAAGACCGCCGAAGCAAUCGGCAUCAUCCGGGACGUCCGCACGCACUCUGGUACUAUGACCGGACGGAAGAUCGAAGCGUCGGAUGAGAUGCCGCGGUAUGAGAUCGAGAAUGCUCAUACGCAUAAGCGAGCGGCGAUCAAGGAGAGUAGUAUUCUUGGUCCGGCGGAGUAAAUGGGGUCAUGAAGAGGCCUGUUGAUCAGUUUUGGUAGUUUUCGAUUAUUUGUGGGCUUCUUUAAUCAUGCAUAAGGGAAAACAGCAAGAUGAGACUCAAUGGUUGACAAAGUGAUCUGCCUUCAUUAACUUCCCGGGUGGGACGAUGGGCUUGCAGUGACUCCAAGGUACUCAUUUCGUCGAACUAC